UUCAAAAUUUAAAUUUCUUUAUUAUUUUGUUAUGUUAACUUUGUUAAAAUGCCAGUGGACUUACAUAGGCUCAUUCAAGGAUGGUUGGAAUUAGAAAGCGAUCCUGGUUUGUUUACUUUACUUUUAGAAGAUUUUGGAGUAAAAGGAGUUCAGUUAGAAGAGAUUUAUGACCUUCAAAAACCAUUAGAUAGUCCAGUUUAUGGUUUUAUAUUUUUGUUCCGAUGGAUUGAGGAGCGUCGUAGCCGCAGAAAAAUUGUAGACCAAACUGAUAUAUUUGUCAAGGAUGAUGAUGCUAUUAACAGUAUAUUUUUCGCUCAACAAAUGAUACCUAAUAGUUGUGCUACUCAUGCCCUGCUGUCUGUUUUGCUGAACUGUUCAGAUAUACAUUUAGGUGAGACAUUAGGACAUCUUAAGGAGCAUACUCGAGGUAUGAAUCCAGAAAAUAAAGGUUGGGCUAUUGGUAACACUCCUGAAUUAGCACGAGCACAUAAUUCACACGCUAUGCCUAAAAGUAGACCACGUAUGGAUAAAACACCAGGCUUAACAACUGGGCGGUUUACCGGUGAGGCAUAUCACUUUGUCAGUUAUGUGCCAAUAAACGGUCAUUUAUAUGAAUUAGAUGGAUUGAAACCGUAUCCCAUGGACCAUGGACCCUGGGCUGAAGAUGAAGAUUGGACUGAAAAGUUUAGAAGAGUUAUAAGUGAUCGACUUGGAGCAGCUGCUGAAUAUAGUGAUAUACGAUUCAAUCUAAUGGCUGUUGUUCCUGAUAAACGAUUGGCUAUUACUCACAAAUUAAAUAUGCUCAAAACAAAUAGACAAAUUGUAUUAGAAGCUUUACAACAACUUGUAUUAGUAGAUGACUUUGAAAAAAAAAGAAAAACCAAUGACAAUGAUCAAUCGCCAAAUAAAUGUGUUAAAAAAGACAUUUCACCCAUUCCUGGCACAUCAAAAGACUAUAAUGAAGAAAAGACGUGUCCAGAAUCAAAUAAUAUUGUAGUAAUUCAUGUACAAUCAUCAAGUGGUGGGUCAGAAGGUGAUGGCAAUCCAAAAGACAUAAAAAGUGUAUGUCUAGAAGCAGGAGCUAUGCCUAAAGGAUGGGAAACUCCUUCAAGUCAUUCUUCAGAUAAAGAGGAUAAUAAUGAUCAACCAUUAGAAAAUAAUUUAAAAUCUAAUCAUACUUUUUCUCCUAAAGACCUAUUAGCUCUAGUGAAAAAUUUAGAACUUGAAAUAAACAUAAGUGAAGGUAUCUUACGAGAAGAGAAUGAAAAACGUAAUAAAUAUAAAAUUGAUGAUUGUCGACGUACACAUAAUUACGAUCAGUUUAUAUGUACAUUUUUAACUAUGUUAGCCCAAAAAGGUAUACUACCUGAUUUAGUACAACAACAUUUGGGUGCACAAAAAAAAAAUACUAGUGCGCAGCUUUCACUUUCUGUGCAAUCUCAAUCUACAAAUCAAACACAGGUGAAAUCAAAAUCUAAUAAAACAAAUUCAAAAAGUAAUACUUCAUCAACUACAACAAGACUCAGGACAAAACGUAAGACAGCUACUAAAAAAGGACGUAAAUCAUGACAGGUCAUUAUUAUUACUCGAGAAUAUUUCACUUGAGUGUUUCAUGUCAUAUUGGUGGAAGUAAAUCUUUAUACCUAUUAUAGGUAUUUUGCUAUUUAUAUUGUUAUAAUACAUCACUGCUAUUAACAUUGUUAUCAUUCUAUAGUUUUUAAAUAUAAUAAGCAAUUUAUAACAUAUUUAAUAGCUUUGUCGUUAAACUAAAACAUACUAACUUAUUUUAUAUUAGUCAUUAAUAAUACCUUAAAGAAUUUGAAACGAGUAGUUAAAACUAAUAUUUGCUGUUCCUUUUGAAAAAAUCUAUGGGGUUAGUGAUGAAAUUAUGAAUGAAUUAUCAGAUUCAGUAUGAUUCAGUUAAAUAAAGAUCUCAAAAAUCAAAUAAUAUGAAUGUUUGAUUGUUGCUGUUUGAACAUUUGGAUGUUAUUAAGAACUUAUAGUAGAUCACAAGUAUUUUAAUUUAUUUAAUUAAAAUCAAAU